UUCUUAACCUGCGCAGGAGAAGAUAUUUUAGAUAUAUACAAUGGUAUGACCACUUCUACAUUAGAAUGGGCGGAGUUGCUUAAAAAGUUUGAUGAGCAUUUUAACAACAAAACUAAUACCGUCGUGAACAGCUACAGAUUUUAUAAUUUACGACAAGAGCCAGAUGAACCGGUGGAACGAUUUGUUUUGAGGUUAAAAAAUGCUGCCAAAACAUGCAAUUUUAAAGAGGAAGAUAGAAUGGUAAGAGACAUGCUGGUGAUAGGUGUAGGAGAAGCAAGUAUUAAAGAGAGAUUGCUGCGAGAAAAAGAACUGAGUUUAGACACUGCAAUGGAAUUAUGCAAGGCUGCUGAAUACAGCAAGAAAAAUGUAAAAGAGCUAGAAGAAAAAGUAAAGUCGGUAAAUAUGGUAAAAGAAAGUUCUCGUCAUAGAAAAGAUGUAAAGAAACCGAUUCAUUACAAUUGCAAUUAUUGUGGUGGGAAACAUGAGCCAAGAAAAUGUCCUGCGUAUGGGAGAAGAUGUGCUGUGUGCAACAUUUAUAACCAUUAUGCCGAAAUGUGUAGAUAUAAGAAGAAGGAAGAAAAACCGCAGCAACAACGAAGAUACACAAAGAACAAAGUUGAUGGCAUCAGGGAAUCUACCAAUGACAGCGACUGCAGUUCAGAAGACUUUGUGGUAGACUCUGUAAAAGUGUCUUCACAGUACUAGACAUGAAGGAUGGGUUUUUUCAAGUGAGUUUGGAGGACGAACAAAAACUCUGCACCUUCGGUACUCCCUUCGGAAGGUAUUUUUUCAAGAGAAUGCCGUUUGGCAUUUCUUCGGCUCCAGAGGUAAUGCAAAGAAUAAAUACAGCCAUAUUUAGUGAUAUACAAGGGGUAAAUGUGUAUUAUGAUGACAUAAUUGUUGCGGGGGACAGCUUAGCAGACCAUGAUAAAAUUUUAAGCGAAGUAAUAGAUAGGGCA